ACUUCUACAACUAAAUAUAACCUGCCUUCCCCGUAGACUUUUGUUGUCGUUAGUGAUGAAGAAAAUUAAUUUCACUUUAAUUUUCAGAGCCCACAAUGUAUCUGUCAAGUAUUCACCUUUUAAUUCCACCCUCUCCCCCCGAAAAAAGGCAUAAAAGGAAAUAAACGGAAGAUCACAAUUGUGAAGCAAAGAAGCUGUUUUAUGUAUGAGGAAAAAUGUAAUGCACACAACCAGCCACAUGAUGUCGCACUCCACCUACGAAGAAAUUGUAAGGCAAAAAAUCAAAACCGCUCCUCUUUUUAUUGAAUACGCAGUCAAUCAGGGGUUCAAGAGGACGGCAAACAUCGUGGCAUUGGAAUUAGAAUACCAAUUUCCAGAGGCUUACACAUUUUGUAUGAAUUGGCUGUAUAUUCGAAGAAAUCGGCGUUCGCGAUGGCAGUUUUCCGGCGAGACUCCCUGGUAACCAGGCAGCUGCUGCGGUUGGUUCUGUUACACACGGCCUGGGAGGUGGGCAGCGGCCAGGUCCGUUAUUCCGUGCCGGAGGAAUCCAAACACGGCACCUUUGUGGGCCGCCUGGCCCAGGACCUGGGACUGGAGGUGGCGGAGCUGGUGUCUCGGAUGUUCCGGAUGGUCUCCAACGGCAGGAGAGACUAUUUCGAGGUAAAUUUGCAGAACGGCGUUUUGUUUGUUAAUUCGCGAGUAGACAGGGAAGAGCUGUGCGGCCAGAGCCCCCUGUGCGCCAUUGACCUGGAGGUGAUAGUGGACAAACCCCUGAGGAUAUUUCACGUGGAAGUGGAGAUACAGGAUAUAAACGACAAUGCUCCUGUUUUCUCGGUAAAUGAACAAAACCUGAGUAUAGCAGAAUCACUAACUCUUCCAGGUUCGCGUUUCCCACUAGAGGGCGCGUCUGACGCAGAUAUUGGUACAAACUCUCUGCUAACCUAUAAACUCAGCCCAAGUGAACAUUUCAUUGUAGAGGAGAAAACGAAGGAGAAAAGUAAAUCUUUAAUGCUUGUGUUAAAGAAACCUCUUGAUAGGGAGGAAAUCCCUGCGCAUCAUUUAUUACUCACGGCUAUUGAUGGGGGCAAACCGGAGCUCACCGGCACAGUUCAGCUGGUGAUCACUGUGCUGGAUGCCAAUGAUAACGCGCCUGUAUUUAACCAAUCCGUUUAUCAAAUCAAAUUAUUGGAAAAUGCACCUAACGGGACGUUAGUCAUAAAACUCAACGCCACUGACAUGGAUGAGGGCAUUAAUAAGAAUAUUUCCUAUUCGUUUACCAACCAAAUUUCUCCAAACAUAAGAAAGGUUUUCAGGAUAGAACAAAAUACUGGAGAAAUCAGGAUUAAAGGAAAUAUAGAUUUUGAAGAUAUUAAUCUGUUUGAAAUUCAAGUUGAGGCAAAGGAUAAGGGGAAUCCCCCGUUAGUGGGACACUGCAAAGUUUUGAUAGACGUUUUAGACGCGAACGAUAACGCCCCUGAGCUGGCCGUGACUUCCCUUUCUCUGCCGGUGCCGGAGGACGCUCCCCUGGGGACAGUGGUGGCUCUUAUUAGCGUCUCUGACCGGGACUCGGGAGACAACGGCAAAGUCACCUGCUCCAUCCCCCCGAACCUGCCCUUUCGGCUCGUCUCCACCUUUAAGAAUUAUCACUCGCUGGUGCUGGCGGAGGCCGUGGAUCGGGAGCGAGUGUCUGAAUAUAAGAUCCUGGUGACAGCCAGAGACGAAGGGACCCCGUCUCUCUCGGCCAGCAGCAGCAUUUUGGUGCCGAUCGCGGAUGUGAACGAUAACGCCCCUGCUUUCCCCCAGCCCGUUUACAGGGUGUUUGUGAAGGAAAACAACCCGCCCGGGGCCCAUCUCUUCACCGUGUCGGCCUCGGACCCGGACCUGAGGGAAAACGCCUUUGUGAGCUACUCGGUGGUGGAGCGGAGUGUGGGAGAGCAGCCCCUGUCCAGCUACAUCUCGGUGCACUCGGAGAGCGGGCACAUCUAUGCCCUGCAGCCCUUUGAUUACGAGGAGCUGCAAGUGCUGCAGUUCCAGGUGAGCGCGAGGGACGCCGGGUUCCCGUCGUUGUGCGGGAACGUGACUGUGCAGCUCUUUGUCCUGGAUGAAAAUGACAACGCGCCCGCAGUGUCCCCGGCUGGCUCCGGCCGCGGCUCGCCAGGGCCCGAGCUGGUUCCGCUGUCGGCCGGCGCAGGGCACGUGGUGGGCAAGAUCCGAGCGGUGGAUGCGGAUUCCGGCUACAACGCGUGGCUUCGCUACGAAGUGCAGGAGCCCAGGGCUGCGGGGCCUUUCCGGGUGGGUGUGUACAGCGGGGAGAUCAGCACCACGCGGGCCUUGGAGGAGGCGGACGGCCCCAGCCAGAGACUCGUGAUCCUGGUGAAGGACCAUGGGGAGCCGGCGCUGUCAGCGACAGCCACUGUCAGCCUGUCCCUGGUGGAGAGUCCCCAGGCUGUGAAAUGGGACUCGAGGCAAAAGGGCGGGAGCGAAGGGCCCUUGGUUGAUAUGAACGUAUCUUUAAUGAUCGCCAUUUGUUCGGUGUCCGGGCUGUUUGUGCUGGUGAUUGUCGUGUACGUUGGCCUGAGAUGCCACCCGGGUCCGGAAGUGAUGUGCGGGCCUGGGAAAGCCACCGUGGUGUGCUCGAGCGAAGUGGGGAGUUGGUCCUAUUCCCAGCGCCAGAGUCGGAACUUGUGUGUAGGGGAAGGCACCACUAAGAAUGACCUCAUGGUUUUCAGCCCCAAUUUUCCUAACUCCGCAGAGAACAAGGAGAAGGAGACGCCCAAUCUAUGCGGCACGGUUGGUUAAAUAAUAUUUCCCGCCACAAUACAUUGUUUCCAGUGUCUCACUGAAGAUUAUUUUAAAGUAGUUAGUAGUGAUUCUCUAAUUAAUUUAUAUUUUUGUAAAACGCAUGUUUGAAUGACGAAUAAUGAAUCUUUUUAGCGAUCCAACUUUCUGUUUGUUGCUUUUGGGUGGGUACUUCGGAUACAGUUUUUUAAACAUAAGUGUUUUUUAGUUGCAUUCGAAUGAAAUUCGAAAUAUGUCAGUUAGAAUGGAUAAAAGUCAAAGGAUAUAAUAUUAUGCAUGUAAAUUUGCAAUUGUAUUGGCUCUUGUUUGCUCUUUUUUUAGUAGCACCAUCUGCGCUGUUAAUUCCAUGAGAACACUAUAUUUUUUAAGAAGAGCAAAUAAAUAGCCAUGAUCUGGUGGUAGCAUCCGUGUUCUUUGCCUGGGGAGUAUUCCUCCAAGAAUUACUUCCUUAUAUAUUUUUUGUCAUUAGAGAUGGCUCUUUAUAUGCUUCUUGACUGAUAGUUUCCAUUGAUGAUGACGACAGC